AGGUCCUGUAAGCACAAGUAAAAGGUCUGCCUUCAGCCUCGUCCUUCAUUCUUCGUCAUUAUCUGACUUAAUCAACGAUCUUGUGAACAUGUCUGGAAGAGGCAAAGGCGGGAAAGGGCUUGGAAAAGGAGGCGCGAAGCGUCAUCGUAAAGUUCUGCGCGAUAACAUCCAGGGAAUCACCAAACCCGCCAUUCGGCGUCUGGCUCGUCGCGGCGGUGUCAAGCGCAUCUCCGGGCUGAUCUACGAGGAGACCCGCGGUGUGUUGAAGGUUUUUCUGGAGAACGUGAUUCGCGAUGCCGUCACCUACACCGAGCACGCCAAGAGAAAGACCGUCACCGCCAUGGAUGUUGUGUACGCGCUGAAGCGGCAGGGACGCACCUUGUACGGCUUCGGGGGAUAAACGCCUGAAACCCGGAGAAUCUGACGGACCCAACGGCUCUUUUAAGAGCCACACAAUCUCGCAAUUAAAGAGUUAAUGUCAAUCAUACCGAUAAAAAAAAAUUCUAGGUCAAGAACAUAUUCUUAAUGACUUUUUAAUUACAGUUUAAUGUGUUAAUAUACUUCAAAAAUUUCAUUUUCGUUCUCAAAAGAACAGUUUAAAAAUACAAAUUCAGCUGCAGUUGUUCUCAUUUGCAGAUUGAAUAAAUGACAAUAAGUUUAGAAAUCAUACCAACGUAUGUUUUGUUGCUUCCCCCCACUGAAAUGGGCUUUAUUUGCUGCCCCUGUAGUUUAAUCUGAUGAAUGGAUCUAUGAAGUAGGGAUGGGGAAAUGAAGCUUCAUGAAGCAAUGAGGCUUUCCCCUGACUGUUCCGGGAAAAGAUUCAAAGCUUCGAGAGUGUCGAGAACAGCGCCAUCUGGUGCUUAUUUAAAAUAAAGCAGCCAGAAGCUCUGGCAGAUGAAGCAACCACAACACACUACAGAGUUUCAAUGUUAUGUCUACAAAUAAAAACCUUACAUGUU